UUUUACCACGCAUGGACAUAACCAUCUUCUUCAGUCAGUAUGCAUACUAGCGCUGUAACAUAUUGGUUUUACUAUCGAAGGAUUUAGAAUCGUAUCAAUACCAUCUACGUAUCUUUCUAGGCAUAUUAGUCCAUGAAAAUUUACUUUGAGCUCUUAACCCCUUGAGUCAUAGUGCCAUGCAGAAUUCUGGCUUUUUGAUCGCGACUGUGGUCGCAGUUGUGGUGACUCUGACGUGGUCGACCCCUUUGAAGUUCGACGAGAACUUCCCGGUAGACACCUCGAUCUUAAUCUACAGACUGCCGUCCACGGUUAUCCCAAACCACUAUGAUCUUGAACUAGUACCGCUCUUCACACCUGACCAGGAGUUCACUUUCACAGGCCAACUUAACAUCAGCAUCUCAGUGGUUGCUUUAACAAAUGUGAUUAUUGUACACAGCGCAAACCUGAACAUCAACCAGUCUGCGACUACGUUGUACAACGUUGCUAACGAGACUUUUGUUGCCAUCGCUACUCAGACUUAUGAUGAGAAUAGAGAAUUUUGGAUUCUCAGUUUUACAGAAAAUCUUCCACUCGGAAAUUAUCGUCUUUACUUCAGUUUCGGCGGGGAAUUGUUAACAGAUAUGCGUGGACUCUACCGCAGUUCCUACCAAAUCGGAAACGAAACCAGAUGGCUUGUGGCAACGCAAUUCCAGGCUACGUCGGCUCGUCGUGCUUUUCCCUGUUUUGAUGAACCUGGUUUGAAAGCAACCUUCAGUGUUCGCCUCGCGCAUUUCACAAACCAAACUGCCCUUUCGAACAUGCCCAAUAUAUCUACUAGCGAUGCCGACGCAACAAUUGGAGGUCGUGUUUGGACGCAAUUCGAGACAACGUCAGUGAUGUCGACCUAUCUCUUAGCCUUUGUCAUUUCGGAUUUCGAGAAGCUGAGUAGCGAGGACGGAUUUUUCGCCAUCUGGUCACGGUCAGAGGCAGUUGAUACCGGGUCUUGGGCCCUCGAAACUUCGCAAGCAUGUUACCAGGUGUGUUUGAAUAUACUGGGUGAAGAUCCCUGGCCUAAAAUUGACCAAGUGGCCAUUCCAGACUUUUCUGCGGGUGCAAUGGAGAACUGGGGAUUGAUCACCUACAGAGAGAGGUUGCUUCUUUGGCAAGAUGGCGAAUCUAGCACAACGGCUCGCGAGACCAUCAGUUCCAUCAUCAGUCACGAAUUUGCUCACAUCUGGUUCGGAAACCUGGUUUCUCCAAAAUGGUGGGAUCAUCUCUGGUUCAACGAAGGUUUUGCUAGUUUCUUGGAAUACCGAGUACCGUCACUAACUACUUGGAUAUGGCGUUAUGCUGAAAGAGCAAUCACUGAUCAACAGCUACCAGCCUUGAUUACUGAUUCUUUGGAAACAACACGUCCGAUGACCAACCCUGUAGGUAGUCCUGAUUCGAUCUGGAGUAGCUUCGACAAUAUCGCUUAUGCCAAAAGUGCUUGCGUGAUACGUAUGCUCAACCGCGUGAUGAGGGAAGACCUCUUUGAACUUGCGCUGCGAAAUUACCUCAACCAAACAGCUUUUGGAAUUUUUGAACCGAGUGAACUUUGGGAACAAAUGCAAAUCGUGGCUGACAGUAAUAGCGCGCUACAAAACCAUAUGCCGAUCGCAACAAUCAUGGAAUCAUGGACAGAACAAGCCGGUUUUCCCCUAGUCACCGUUUUGAGAAACUAUUCAACUACGGUAGUGGCGUUUAGCCAAGAACGAUUCUUCAUGAAUCGCAACUCACCGACAGCUGACCCAGAAGCUCAAAGGUGGUGGAUCCCUAUCACGGUUGCUCUGGGAACCAACCCUACGCGAUGUAACAGUGCCUUUAUACAACCCGACUGGCUUCGCGCCCAAGAUAAAGCUAUUAUGAUGAACGGAUUCGCGAACGAUACCUGGGUAAUAGCAAAUUGUCAAGGGAUAGGGUUUUACAGGACCAACUACGAUACUCAAAACUGGCGGAUGCUCAUCGACUAUCUGAAGAGCACGGACUACGAUCAGAUCAAUGCCAUAAAUAGAGCCAUAUUGGUCGAUGAUUCACUUAACUUGGCGCGCGCUGGAUACAUCGACUACUCAAUCGCUUUAGACCUGCUCAGUUACAUCACCAAUGACCUUGACUUCAUUGUGUGGCGCGCUGCCAUCACCGAUAUCAGAUACCUUAAUACGAUCCUUGUGAGCAGUGAAAACUACGUUUCCUGGCAGGGAUUUUUGCAUAGCUUGAUUUCAAACGUCACAGAAACCUUGGGCUGGGUUCCCAAUACCGCAGACGAUCAUCCUACUAGGAUCCAUCGAGAGCAAGUUCUCAAUUUGGCUUGUCAGAUUGAUUACCCGGGCGCUCGUUCCGCGGCUGAAUCUCUCUUCGACUUGUGGAUCACUAAUCCGCAGUUGAAUCCGGUUGACCCAGACUUGAGAUCAGUUGUGUAUUGUUGGGGUGUCAAAACCGUCCCUGAGACAACUUGGGAUAUAAUGUGGAAUCGGUUCCUGACAGCUAGCCUCGCCACCGAAGAGAACUUGCUCCUGCGAGGAUUGGCAUGCACUGAAAAUCCGGAAAUAAUUGAGAAAUACUUGCGGCUAUCCAUUACACCGAAUUCAGGUAUCCGAUCACAAGAUACAUACACGGUCUUCUCAGCCAUUCUGAACAGUGGCCAAAAUAACGUUGACAUACUUCUGAACUUCAUCGAAAACUACACCGCAGACAUCGCUGAAUUCUACGGAGGAAUGGGUGAUGUGAAUAACAUGCUCAUUAGUAUUGCGGGUCGUAUCACCAACCAGCAACAGCUUGAAAAGUUACAAGAAGUUACCAGCUCUGAAGCAUUAGGUGCGAGCUCUGCAGUCAUCCAGCGUACACUUCAAACUGCUAAUGUAAAUCUGGAAUGGAUUUCGAACUAUGAACCACUCAUCGAGGAAUGGUUGUCUGAACAGGGCUUCAUUUCUGAUAGCACUGCUGCCCCUGUGGUUACCACACUGCCUCCAGACGUAGAAACGACAACCCUUGAAAGCGGUGCACCAAUUCUUACAUCAAGUUUAUUUCUUAUCUCAAGUUUUGUGGCUAUGGCGAUGAGUAACUACGUGAUUACGUGAAACACUGAUCCGACUGGAUAACUCAUUCAAUAUAGUAAACUACAUCCAUCCUAGUCAAUCAUGUUACGAGAUAUGCAUAAACACACAUAUCCUUCGGAUGUACAAAUGCGUGUUCGUAAAAUUUCACAUUGUGCAUGGUAUACCGCAAAGCACAGACUCGUCUUACUGCAUUCUUCCAUGACCACGAGCAGGUGCAAAGCAGGUAUUUACAAUUAGAAUACCACAUUGAAUGCUGUUGGAGGUGCAAUAAAUGCAAUAUUAUAUGUUGACCCCAUUUCUAAUUGCUUUUUAACUACACAGAAGCCGUAAACUAUAUUCAUUUUUUUGACCGCUCCACCCUGAGCUUCCUGAGAGCAGGAAGUUAUGAAACGUCCAUUGUAGAAUGGAUUUUCGCAAUUAUAUUAGACUUAUCACUUAGUUCUUCUGACCUGAUCCCUACAUCGAUUGGAAAUCUGUCGUUUCGUAAUACAAUGAAUCGAUUUGCAAAGAGAGCAGAUUUUUGCAUCCGGCAUUGAUGUAUUUAUUCAUAGAAAUUUUCAAGCUCUAUUCGCGUGUAGACAUAAGCAUAUGAAAUUUGUUAUGUGGUUCCAAAUAAUUAUGCUACCAGUUGCAUCAGUUUUUUAGGUGCAUCAAGUACAAAUCCUUUUAUGCAUACAUCUUUCCUUACAUGUGAUUCACUUGAAAUGUUGCAUUGAUGGGCUUUUACGGUCGCUGAUCACGAAUCUGAACUUUAAAUUUAAAAAUUCAAAAUGGUGGACCCAAUAUGGCGGAUGUAAAUUCAAUAAGUUGUUUCAUCAUCAUAAAAACUUUAUGUUACGUGUGUUACGUCCUCUAGACCUCACAUUCUUUUCUCGCAGUCUUGUAGUCGUUAUACACUCUGCAUCCUCUCCUUAUCUUUGCCGAGUUAACAGUAUGCUCCCUCUACUCCUAAACUGCGACUACCCAGUCCCUUCUAUCCUUCCUUCUAUGUACACAUUCUCAAGUCAUCUUCGAUUCGGCCAACAUCUAAAUUCACCUCUCUUCCUUUUUUCCUCGUCCACAUCAUCUCACUGUACUCUCCAUAUCUUUGACAAUAAAUAAAUUACACACUAAAA